UUGCUGCCCGUCUGCGUCAAGGCUGGGUAAAUAGAUGACUGGCUAACAGCGCCGGGAGGGGCUAUUUAAGCAGCAGCCUCCUGCCGGCCCACCCUGAACUUGGCUGGGCUCCCCGCCGCUCCGGUGGAAACGCGAAGCCAGCUGCGUCCUACUCUGAAGCCAUGAACGGAGGCGUGUGCCUGUGCGUGCUGAUGGCUGUACUGGCGGCGGGCGCCCUGGCGCAGCCGGUACCCGCGGCGGACCCUGCGGGCCCAGGGGCGCAGCAGGAGGAGGAAGCGCUCCGGCGGCAGCUGAGGGCCGUGCAGAAGGUGGACGGCGAGCCCCGAGCGCACCUGGGCGCGCUGCUGGCCAGAUACAUCCAGCAGGCCCGGAAAGCUCCUUCUGGCCGAAUGUCCGUCAUUAAGAACCUGCAGAGCCUGGACCCCAGUCACAGGAUAAGCGACCGGGACUACAUGGGCUGGAUGGAUUUUGGCCGGCGCAGUGCUGAGGAGUACGAGUACCCGUCCUAAGGGCCCCCACCUUUGUCAGCAGCCAGGAAGCAACCUCCUGGCUCAGAGGAGGCAGAAUACGAAAACAAUGACACUCACGACCCAUUGUCUCUGAAGUUUGACGUUUUAAGUACCUAUUUAUUAAGUUUUCAAUGUGAAAACUAUGUCCGUAAUCUUGUUCACUACAACCUCACCCCUCACCGGAAUUGUACGAGCGGAAGACAAACCAUUUUCCUCGUCUGUGACACCUGGUCCUAAAGUGUUGCUAUGCUAUUAAAAUGAUUUCAUCCUG